CGAAGUGAGAGCAGCUGCAGGAGUCUGGACAUGUGACCGUCCACACAGGAAGAAGAGUGAAGAAAUGAGUCAGAGAUUCCUCCUGAAACAAAUCAGAAAAAACAACUCGAACUCCUCCACCAGCAGCAGCAGCAGCAGCAGCAGCAGCACCGUCAGCAGCAGCAGUCUACCGUCAUGCCUUGCUGCGGGCUUCGCGGUCUGUGUCAGUAUGAAACCAACAAGCUGGUCCGGAUCCAGAGCGUCCGGCUCGGCUCCAUGAAGUGGAGUCUGAACGCGUUCAUUCUGCUCUUCAUCUGCAUUAUGAUGUUGUGGAACAGGAAGUACCAGGAGUUCGACCAGGUGGUGAGCUCUGUCACCACCAAGGUGAAGGGUGUCGCUCAGACCCACCUGCCCGGGAUCGGGGACAUGGUCUGGGAUGUGGUGGACUACAGCGGACCCUCACACGACAAAAACUCCUUCUUUGUAGUGACCAACGUCAUUGUGACGAAGAAUCAGAAGCAAGGAAAAUGCCCAGAGGUUCUCCGGAUAGGCAGAUUGUGCCGCACUGAUAAGGACUGUGAGAGAGGAGCCUGGGAUCAGCAGAGCCAUGGGAUUCAGACGGGAUCUUGUGUGACGUCUGACGUGUCGAAAAAAACCUGUGAGGUUUCUGCGUGGUGUCCAGUCGAAAAGAGGGGGAACCCUCCGAGGCCUGCUCUGCUGGCAGCAGCCGAGAACUUCACAGUCCUCAUCAAAAACAACAUUGGGUUCCCUGCUUUCAACUUCAUCCGAAGGAACAUCCUCCCAACGAUGAAUGGUGCCUACCUGAGUAGCUGUCAGAGAGUGAACGACUCGCUGUGUCCCAUCUUCAGACUGGGAGACAUUGUUAGAGAUGCGGGGGAAAAGUUCUCUGAAAUGGCAGUAGAGGGGGGCGUCAUUGGCAUCCUGAUCAAAUGGGACUGCAACCUGGACUGGCUCAUGCGGCGCUGCCUUCCUAGAUACUCCUUCAGACGGCUGGAUGAGAAAGAGAGCAACAGGACGCUCUACCCCGGCCUAAACUUCAGGUAUGCAAAGUACAACACAGUGAACGGAGUGGAGGAGCGAACGCUAUACAAAGUAUUCGGGAUCAGGUUUGAUGUCAUGGUGUUCGGACAGGCAGGAAGGUUCAGCUUCAUCCAGCUCAUCAUCUACAUCGGAUCAACGCUGUCGUACUACGCUCUGACCACCAUAUUGAUCGACUGGCUGAUUGGAACCAGCUGUUACUCUGCAGAGGUCGGACAGAACUACUCUGAGAAGAAGGUGGAGGCAGUCCAGGACAAACAGAAGUGCAUCCUCUGUGUGUCAUAUGUCGACGAGAGCAACAUUCUACUAGUGAAGAGAUCGCAGAAGAAAAGUUUACAAGACGUCAAGCCGACAUCUGUUCAGCCACGCAAGGAGGACACAGGACACCUGAGAGCUGUUCUCUCUCUGCUACAGUCUGAUGUUGGUGCUAAUCUUGAUGCUCAGCCUCCCCUCGACCAUAAACCCGACCCAAACCCAAAGCCCCGUCGUCCAGCCUGGUGCAAGUGCGACCACUGCACUCCCUCCUCCGUCCCUCAGGAGGAGCUGUGCUGUCGGCGAAGCGUUGGCACCUGCAUCACCUCGUCUCCUUUGUUCGAACAGCUUGUGUUACGUCGCUCCUUGCUGGAGGCCGUCCUUCUGUACCGGGACCCUCUGUCUUCACUGGCUGAUCGAGGCCAGACUGCGACCCUGCGUCACUGCGCCUACAGACAGUACAUCAGCUGGAGGUUUGGGGUCCCACCUAAUGACACCCACCCUGUCAUCCCCAGCUGCUGCGUGUGGAGAGUCAGGGAGGAGUACCCGAGCCCGGACGGACAGUACAGCGGCUUCAGACCCGUCAGGAUAGCGUCCAUGCAGGCCUGCACUAAUGGAGAGCUGUGAGAGGAGUGUUUCUGCAUAGCAGAUCAGGGACUCCCCACUGACUGACCUACUAACGGUGACCUUAUGUUACAGCUGCCUUACAAAGAAAAAAAAAAUGCAAUAACCUCUCUAAACUGGGUGGAAAAUGAAAAUGAGUCAGUUUUUGUCAGCUUGCCUUCGUCAGGGGGGAAAAACCUCACUGAGUCAAUAAAUCACUGCAUAUUCUAAGAUCAUCUGUCACCUAACAUAUGUCAUUUGGCUGCUAAGUAGAAAUAUCCAUGAAGCAAUCGUUCUCAGUUUCACUCCCUCUAAGCUGCCUUUUGCCUUUAUAGGGCAGAAACGGCAUUUUUAACAUCACUAGCAUAUUUAGACGGAAAGGAUUUCUCCUGCCAGGAAUGUGCUCACAUUCAUCAUAUCACAGAGAGGCAACAUUUAAAGAAAAGAACUCUGAUGAUAAAGAAGACAUAAGCCAAGUGCUGCUCUGGGUCAGGAUCAGUAUAAUGAAGUAAUAUAAAAGUGAAAAAUCAGGUGCUCUUUAAGGACAGGGCUCCUGGAAAAAGUAAAAAUAAUAAACAGUGAGCUUACAAUGGAAGUCCAUGGUAUUGGUUAGCAGGCUGAAAUGGAUUCUGAGAUACUUUAAUAACAAUAAUUAAUAAAAUCCUUUGUCGUGUCUGAAAUAAACAAAUGUGCCACAACUUAGAAGAGUCCUUGUGAGAGGAUAAAACGCAACAAAGACUGUAUAAAACUAAUGAAGUUUUCAUGUGGCAGGGUCUCAUGAAAUCUAAAUUCUGUCACUUGAGACCACCAUCAACAAGAGCAGUGAUACAAGUGCAAAAAAUAUACUGCCUCAGAGAAGAAGUUAAAAAAAAAACAAAAACAAAAAACCCAACAGUAUUCAAUAUCAAAUCCUGUGAGCGUGGGCUGGAAUAAAACAGGUCAUGGCAGCCCAGUCAGUUCACUGUGUUAAAGACUUGUUGCAGCAUCUCCAUUUGUUUAAUCAGCACACAAACAAAAACGUGGAAACAACAGCGUGUGACUUUAGUGGGAGUUAAUGUGCUGGAAUUUUUUCUUAAACUAUGCGCAGGUUAAUGUUUGGUAACAGACCAAAAUCAAAAUCUGUUCUUGCCGAUCAAACACAGCAGGUCACACUGCAGCUGGAGACGCUACAUAGAAGUGCUAAGUGGAUAGAUGGGUAAACUGUCAGAAAAUCAUGCCAGCGUUGAGUUUUUUGGAAAACAACAAAUAGCCAUUAUAACAACAAGUAUGCUGUUUCCCACUACUCCCAAUCUUUAUGCUACGGUAGGCAAACUACUGAUGUCUUUUUUUUUUUUUUUUUUUUGGUAAUUGACAGGGAUGAUUCAUCUAAAUGUAAAGGUCAAAAUGUAAGAAUUUUAGUUGAAAACAUUCAAAAAUGAAAUUAUCAACGGAAUGUGUAGAAAUGACAGCUUUUACAUUAUGACGUGUAUGUAUUGUACAGCGAUAUCUACUGAUGUUAGCGUGCUAACCUGCUAGCCCUGGCCUGUCCUGGUCCAAAGCUCCUGUGGCAACGCUGUAAAACAGUCCUAUGGUGCUCCGCGCUCCCAGUCUGAACCACUAGCUGCACAGCUAACCGUGCUAGCUGACUAACAGCAGCUGCAGCUGGCCUUGCAUAUCGCACCGUUAAACAAAUGUUGAUUUUACACUUCGGUCUUUGUACAGAUCAAACAAUCAAGAUGUAACAUGUUCACCAGUGAGCUACAGAGAUGCUGGUAAGUGAAUUUUGCUGUGGACAGAUCGAGGCCAGCUGUUUCCUUCCCGUGUGUAAAUGCUAAGCUAAUGCUAGCUUUGCAAGAAAGAGAAUAAAUGUAUUCAUAACA